AGGGCCCUCCUACCCCUGGUGCCUAAGCAGGAAGCAGGUGGGGCCUCAGCCAGAAGCCAGGGAGGUCACUCUCAGAUAAGCGGCUUUCCUAAAGCAAAGGCCUGGGAGACCAAAUGGACCCCCAGGCCCCGACACAAAGGGGAGGCCUGGGUCAAGCCUACCAAGGCGGGGACUAUGUCCAGGCUCCCGGGAACGGAAACACACAGCAUCUGCUAAGUGAGGAUGUAUUCAAAAAGCAGUUUGGCAACCAGCGCCGGGUCACCAAGCCCUACUACCGGAGAAAGACCUACGUGUGCUACCAGCUGAAGCUGCUCCGUGGCCCCACGAUUGCCAAAGGCUACUUUCGAAACAAGAAAAAGCGCCAUGCAGAGAUUCGCUUUAUUGACAAGAUCAACUCACUGGGCCUAGACCAAGACCAGAGCUACGAAAUCACCUGCUAUGUCACGUGGAGCCCCUGCGCCACCUGUGCCUGCAAGCUGAUUAAGUUCACCAGAAAAUUCCCCAACCUGAGCCUGCGGAUCUUCGUCUCCCGCCUCUACUACCACUGGUUCAGGCAGAAUCAGCAGGGGCUGCGACAGCUGUGGGCAUCCAGCAUCCCCGUGGUUGUCAUGGGUUACCAAGAGUUUGCUGACUGCUGGGAAAACUUUGCAGACAACAGGGGAAACCCUUUCCAGAGCUGGGAGAAGCUUACAGAAUACAGUAAAGGCAUAAAGCGACGGCUCCAGAAGAUCCUGGAGCCCUUGAACCUGAAUGGUUUAGAGGACGCCAUGGGAAAUCUGAAACUUGGGUCGGUUGACCUCGGGUAACUGAAACCGUGGAUAGCGAAACUGCGAUAAGGGGCAAAUACUGUUUAUAUUUUUAUAAUUGAAAAAAUAAAGAUAAUUUUCAAGUCUAUAAAA